UGGGGAUAGAGGGGAGGAGCGAGAGUGUACAUAGGGGCAGUUUAGAUGCCUUAAGAUUGCAUUUGGGGACUCUGCAGUGCGACGGCAGUGUCUUGGUGGAGUUCUGCAGCUUAUUGGACCCUGCACACACCGUGGCUUUCUUUUGGUGUCCCGGGCCGCUACUGCUUCGACUAGCCGUCGUGAAAGUCCCGUGGAGGACGGAUAUUUAGUCGUCCUCUGACUGAUUUAGUUUUAUUCGUCGCAACUUGGAAUCAUUGAAUUGAUAUUGCGUCAGCAUAGAGAUAGCAGUCGGUGUCACCAUGCUGGACCAGGUGUUAUCGUUCGGUCGCUCCCUGGUGCGCAGGAAGGUGGUGGACAUGAGCAGCCUGGAGGACUCCAAGCUGUGCCGCUGCCUGGGCACGGUGGACCUCAUCGCCCUGGGCGUGGGCAGCACCCUGGGGGCCGGCGUCUACGUGCUGGCCGGGGAGGUGGCCAAGGGCAACUCUGGCCCCAGCAUCGUCAUCUCCUUCCUCAUCGCCGCCCUGGCCUCGGUCAUGGCGGGGCUCUGCUACGCCGAGUUCGGAGCGCGCGUCCCCAAGACGGGCUCGGCGUACCUCUACAGCUACGUGACGGUCGGGGAGAUCUGGGCCUUCAUCACCGGCUGGAACCUCAUCCUGUCCUACGUCAUCGGUACGUCGUCGGUGGCGCGGGCGUGGAGCGGGACGUUCGACGAGCUGAUCGGCGGACACAUCGAGAGGUUCUGUAAGACCUACUUCAGCAUGAACUCCCCGGGGCUGGCGCAGUACCCCGACUUCUUUGCCGUCUGUCUGAUCCUGCUGCUCUCCGGGCUGCUGUCGUUCGGGGUGAAGGAGUCCGCCUGGGUGAACAAGGUCUUCACAGCCGUCAACGUCCUCGUGCUGCUCUUCGUCAUCAUCUCCGGCUUCGUCAAAGGAGACUCCAAAAACUGGCAGAUCUCCGAGGAGUGUCUCGUCAACGUCACCAUACUAAAAAAGAAUCUAUCUGCGUCAGCCAAUGUGAGCAGUGCCUACGGUGUAGGAGGGUUCAUGCCCUACGGGUUCAGCGGUACCCUGGCCGGCGCCGCCACCUGCUUCUACGCCUUUGUGGGCUUUGACUGUAUAGCGACAACAGGGGAGGAGGUGAGGAACCCCCAGAAGGCCAUCCCCAUCGGCAUCGUAGUGUCUCUGACCGUCUGUUUCCUGGCGUACUUCGGGGUGUCGGCCGCCCUCACCCUCAUGAUGCCCUACUACCUGCUGGACGAAAAGAGCCCCCUGCCCAUGGCCUUCGAGUACGUGGGCUGGGGCCCCGCAAAGUACUUGGUGGCCGUAGGGUCCCUGUGUGCCUUGUCCACCAGUCUGCUGGGCUCCAUAUUUCCUAUGCCACGUGUAAUCUAUGCUAUGGCCACGGACGGGGUGCUUUUCAAAACCUUAGCACGAAUCAAUCCUAAGACGAAGACCCCGCUUAUUGCCACCAUGGUGUCCGGUGUGGUAGCAGCCAUCAUGGCCUUCCUGUUUGACCUGAAGGCGUUGGUGGACAUGAUGUCCAUCGGGACCCUCCUGGCCUACUCCCUGGUGGCUGCCUGCGUGCUGAUCCUCAGGUACCAACCGGACUGGGUGCUGGAGAAGAAGCCGUGUAACGGGGAGCGGGCGUUCCUCUCCUCUGAGGAGGGCGAGUCGGACCUGACGGAGUCGGAGGCCCACCUCAACAUGAUGAAUGGAGGGGGCUCCACCCUGCAGGCCCUCCUGCAACCCCCCUCCACGCCGACCGAGCACUCCUCCUCCGUGGUCAACAUGGCCGUCGGGUUCCUGGUGAUCAUUGUUUGUAUAGUCAGCUAUCUGACCACAUACCAUGGGUACUCCAUCCUGCGCCUGGAGAUCUGGAUCCUGGCCACCCUGUGCGUCUGUCUCAUCCUCUUCGGUGGCUGUGUCUUCCUCAUCUGCAGACAACCGCAGACCAACAAGAAGGUUUCCUUCAUGGUGCCCUUGCUGCCAUUCCUGCCCAUCCUGAGUAUAUUCGUCAACAUUUACCUCAUGGUUCAGCUGAGUGGAGACACCUGGAUCCGCUUCUCAGCCUGGAUGGCUGUAGGCUUCGUCAUCUAUUUUGGGUACGGCAUGUGGCACAGCGAGGAGCGCAAGCGGCUGCAGGCCCGGCCCAAGGGCAGCGGCGCAGGCACCUCCUCUACCACCGGUGCCGCCACCACCAUACAGAGCAAGGUCCCGACAGCCAAUCAGGAGAAGCAGCACCACGGCGGGAAGAACGCGGGCACGGGGGACUCGGAGCGAGGCAUCGGCCAAGAAAAGACCAGCAAGUUUUAGAAAGGAAACGACAGAUACACGACAAUACAGAUAAAACAUGCACAACAACAAACAUUUUGUGAGAAGUCGGGCAUUAGAGGGGGACCGAUGCAUGAUACAAUGCAUCCAUGCAGCUACGCCUUGACAUGAGCCCUCGUCUGCUGCAAGUCUACCCGGCUCGCUCACACACUCUCUCUCUCUCUCUAUUCUAAAAAGGUAUCAUGUAAAUGUUAUGUUUUAUCGGUGGAGGGGUCGUGGCAGGGGGAGGGGUAUGCCGAGGUCGGGCAUGUCCGGACAGCAGGGUAACGUGGUUGGGAGAGGGUGACGGCCAGCCAGAGGCACGGCGGGCGGGCCGGGUGGGGAAGAGGACAGGUAACACACUGGAGAGAACGACGCCCAUUCUGAAUUUAGGUCGACAGGCUUUAAACUGUGCAUCUCGAUGGAGGGUUUGUUUCUGUCUGUAGACUUUCUUGUUUUGUACUGUACAGAUAAAUUACAGCCAGGGUGAUCCGUUUAUUUUUGUCUUUUUAUCUUUUUUUUAGUUUCUAGAUACGCAAAUAAGUGAAUUGAUUAAAUUGUGUGUUAAGCUGUGCUAUUAUUACACUUGAUGCUCUCUGGUGGUAAUUGUAGGUAUUAAAUACAAGUGUCAUUUAACCUGUGCCAAAUUGUGAGACUAUUCUAUAAGAUUUGGCUACAGAAACUUGUUGCACCCAUAUUUGACCUGUAAAAAACAAAUUGAGUGAACAAAUGUAGUGAAAUGACCUGCUGUAGUAAAAUGACCGGUUACUGCUAACCUUUGACCUUAAAGGGUAAGCAGGUCAUCCGUCCACGUGGGACAGUUGAUUGGUUACUAGUCGUUGGUACGUUACGUUGAGUCGUCUUUUUAAAUUGUUUCGAUAUUUUUCUUUAGUUUUUUGAUUAUUAUUUGAUGUUACAUUCCUAUACUAAACAAAGAUGUUCUCUGUUUUUAAUCUCUGUCAGAGUAUUACAGACUUGUGUAUUUUUCCGUCUGUUUCUAUCUGUUAUUUGUAUUAGCUAUGUCGCUGUACAGUUAUGGCUGUCUGGUGUUCAUCGUUCAUUGAAGAGAGACCUAUCAGAUGUAGUCCGCAUAUCCACAUUAGGACCUGUUGUUUUGAGGAUCUGAUAGUAUUGUUUGACCCUCAAACUGUUGGGAAAUUAAAAAUUCCUGUUCCUUUGA